AUGACUGCGCAGAUACCAACACUCCAUGACAUCUCGAUCAGUGAUGUCAUAAUGCCUGGUGGGCAUUAUCACGUCUCUUUCAAUGCUACUCCUCUGGAUAACAAUCACACGAUCGAGCUAGUCUUCAACGAUGAUUCUAUCGUACUCACUCGUCAUGUUACGGGCGGUUCAUAUAUUUGGGACAGCCAGCCCUUCAUAGACCUUCUCGCAGCCGAGAUAUAUCAGAUAGCACUUCGCCAUGCCGACGAAAGGCCUCUGCUAAGAAAUCCAUUCCACGUAGUCAAAGAGACAUAUAAUGCUCCGAUCUUAUCUUCAGAGACGAACCAUCACCCAUCUUCUCAUAACGCUUCCGUCGCCGACCGGAAGCAUUUAGAAAACCCGAGAGGCCACUUGCUGUUCAGCCCAACCACACCCGAAGCGAGACAGACCUUGGGGAAUGUAGCGCGUUCCGCUGUAAUGGGGUCUAGGUCAUUUCUAAGCCAAAAAGGUCCAGCAGCCAUGGGUUUGGCGAUUCUUGGAUUAACAAUCAUUGGCAUAAUCCUUGUCCUGGGUGUUGCGCUGCUCGCUCUCUACCUCAACGCAAAACGACGGGAACGGAACCUGCCGCUGGUGGUUGUGCCGGUGGGCAGGCCGAUGAACAUGCCGAAUAACGACAUAGAGCUAUUGGAUAUGCCUAUUGAUGAAGCAGGAACGCCAAAUAUAGAUCGUCCAGGACGACGAAGUUCGUCGACUUUUACCGAACAACAAUGGCCACGGCGCGUAUAG